AUGUCCAAACCACGAACUCAUCAGGGACAGGUCUCAACUGGAAACGCAAGGUGCGAUACAAUGAUCGUGGCACUCGGUUCGGACAUCAACGUUGAUGGCACAGAAUCCGGUGAGCUUGCCGAGGACCUAUUAUUGAUCGUUACUAUCUUCACGGCAAAAUACAACGGGCUCAGAUCCACCGAGAAUCGAAAACGACAAAGAGAGAUUGAAAACUCGAAAGAUACGGAUAUACCCAAUACCCGAAGAAAGAGAAAAGCUAAGAUAGUGGAUAGGCACCAUAAGGUAAACAUGCAAUAA